AUGUCCUCUCCGGCGACCACUCGAAAACGCGGACAGCCGAAAGGCAUCUCAUCGCCCCCCUUGGAGAAGAUGGAUUUUCCUGCCCGGGUUCACAAUGACGAGAAGACGAUCAACCAGGCGGCCAACGAUUCGGUCAUGAAUGGACACGCUUCUAGUGAGGAAUCCAUGCAGACGGCUGGUCGUAUCGUCGCCAGUCUUUUUUCUCAAUGGAUCGCUGUUGGUGUCAUGCUUGGCCUGAUCUUUGGCGGCUGCUGCUCCAAUGUGUAUGCCCUGGAGGCCAUCAUCAAGGUCGAAUCAGCAAGCGGAACCCUCUUGACUUUUGUCCAAUUCCUCUUUGUGGCUGUCACCGGAUACUUUUCCCAAUUCGACCGAACGAGACCACCGUUCUUCUUGCAGCAGAACAAGGUCCCUCUACGACGCUGGGUCAUCAACAUCGUCCUGUUCUUCAGCAUCAAUGUGUUGAACAACCAUGCCUUCAGCUAUGAUAUCUCCGUCCCUGUGCACAUCAUUCUCCGGUCUGGCGGAAGCAUUACAACCAUGGUUGCUGGGUCUCUCUAUGGCAAAAAGUACUCGCGUAUACAGAUCGUGGCUGUCAUUCUCCUGACAUUCGGUGUGAUUACCGCAGCUUGGUCGGAUUCACAGUCCAAGAUCGCUUCAAAGACAACCGAGGGGAGUAGCAAGCCCGCUUUUGGGACCGGCCUCGUUGUAUUGUUUGUGGCGCAGGUUCUCUCCGCCAUCAUGGGUCUCUACACUGAAGAAACGUACAAACAGUAUGGCCCUCAUUGGCGAGAGAACCUCUUCUAUUCACACCUACUGUCACUGCCACUCUUCCUCCCGUUUGCGCCAUCGUUGAUCCGCCAAUUCCGCAAGCUGGCAAAUAGUCCGCCUCUGUCACUGCCGAUGCUGGCGCAUCUCCCCGGCCUUGGCCUCAGCGGAGAUGUUGGAGACGGGCUUUUCGAACUCCACAUUCCGAGCCAACUUGCAUACCUCGUGACAAACGUCGUUACCCAGUACGCAUGCAUCCGGGGUGUGAACUUACUUGCGGCCGUGUCCUCAGCAUUAACCGUCACCAUCGUCUUGAAUAUUCGCAAGCUAGUAAGUUUACUCCUAAGCAUAUGGCUUUUUGGCAAUCGCCUGGCCGUCGGAACGUUGGUCGGGGCAUUCAUUGUGUUUGGAGCUGGAGGACUAUACUCGCUGGACUCCAGAGCCAAGACUUCUAGAAUACAGAAGGACGUCGGUGCAAAAUAG